AUGGAAAUUGAAGAGAAAACCGACAAUGACGGAGAUAUUGGGGAUAAGUGCAAAAAUUCAAAUGAAGGUGAAGGGGUUGUGACACUUGUUGAUUCUAGUGAUGAGCUUGACGGAAGUAAUGUUGACAAAGAGCCGAGUAAUAUGAUCUUGUUCAAUGAAGAACAAGGUGAUGUAGUAGAUUUGUUUGGUUCUCUUGUGGGAUUGAAGAGGUGGAAAAUCGAGGAUAUCUAUGAUUUGUACUGCGACCACGCACGUGAAGUUGGGUUUACUGUUAGAAAAACAACGACGAGGUGCAAUCAUGCUGGCGUUGUGAUUGAAAAAUAUUAUGUCUGUUCUUGUCAAGGAUCUAAGCGGUCCACCUCCUCAAGCACCAGUAAUCAAGUCCAGAGAAAAGAGAAAAAGAGAUGCAUAACACGCACAGGUUGUCAAGCAUAUUUGAGAGUCAAAAUGAACAGUAAAGGUGUUUAUGAAGUUAUUGGACACAACACACAACAUAAUCACACACUUCAUAGGAAGGUGUGGAGGCAUAUGCAUCAUCCUGAGAGGGUGAUUUCCAGUAAGAAUGUGAUUUAUGAUUCAUCUUGUUACGUGUCUCAAGAUGUAAAGGAAGAGAAUUGUUCUGGUGAAGAUCACUUGAAUAUUGUAAAACAAUUGAAUAUGAGUGGGAUAGAAGGAAGGGAUGCACAGAGGCUUUUGGAUGCUUUAUGCCAGCAAAAUGCUGAAGAUAAAGAUUUCUUCUUCAGAGUCAAAUUGGACGAUUUCGGUAGACUGUGCAAUGUUUUCUGGAGGGAUUCACUAAUGAAAGAGGAUUACAGGAUGUAUGGAGAUGUUGUUGUCUUCGACACAACCUGCAGGAAUACGAAUAAUUUGCUCUGUGCACCAUUUAUUGGGGUAAAUAAUCAUCGGAAAAAUGUAAUGUUUGGUUGUGCGUUCAUAGCGGAUGAGAAGGUGCAGUCGUUUGAGUGGCUUCUCGAAGUUUUUAAAGAAUCCAUGGAGGGUCAAUGUCCUGUUAUGAUGUUUACGAAUGAAGAUGUAGUAAUUGGGAAUGCUGUAGAAAAGGUUUUUCCGGGAAUAAGACAUAGGCUAUGCUGGUGGCACUUGUACCAUGAUGCAGUGAGUCAGUCUGGGAAUCUGAAAGGUGACAAAUGCUUUGAUGACGCAUUUAACAAGUGCUUAUCGGGAUGUACAAACGAAUCAGAAUUUGAAAGUUGCUGGAACUCAAUGGUGUCGAAGAAUCUCUUGAACGAUCAUUCUUGGUUUAAACGUCUGCAUGAUUUACGGGAGAAAUGGAGCACCGCAUUCGGCAAUGACUUUUUCUCCUCAGGAAACCUACCCUACUGUGCUAUUGGAUACAUUGCGAAAAAAAUCACCAGCUUGCAUGAAUUUCACACCAUUUUUAAAAAAACUGUGAAGCGGUUGAGGAGCAACGAGGCAAAAGACGAACACCAGUGCUCGACAGUAACACAUACCUCAGUAGUACCGUUAACCGGCAUAUUGAAGCACGCCUCAGAGGUAUACACGCUCUCUGUUUUCAAAGAUUUCGAAGAGGAAUUUUUAAAAUCCUUAGCGACUUCGUGUAAAAUGCUGCGUGAUGAUAGUGGCACUAUCUUUUACAAUGUCGUGCGAGAUGAUGGCGUGAUUUGUGGUGAUGUGACCUUCACUGUUGCGGACAAUACGAUAAGCUGCUCGUGUAAGAGAUUCGAGGAGUGCGGGUUGUUGUGUCGACACUGCUUGAAGGUGUUUUAUAUGCAUUCGCUGACUCGAAUACCGGAUAUUUAUAUCAAGAGAAGAUGGACGAAAUUUGCCAGGAAGGAUUUGUGGGAUAGUCUCGGAAUAGGUAUUGAAAUGCUGGACGAGAAGGUUAACGGUUGCAACCUAUGGAGGCAUGAUAUCAUGAGAAAAUAUUAUAAUCUAUUGUUGAAAGCCCAAGGCAAUAAUGAAGUACGAAAAACUAUGGAAGAUGGACUUGACAGACUUUCUGGGGCAGUUGAUGCACUUAUGAAUGCACGGCAUUGGACAAAAGAGAACGAUGCUUCCAGUUCUUCUGUUGAUAUUGUGGAUACCAUGUGUCCUAGCAGCAAGAAGAGGAAAAAUGGGGAUUCAUCAAACACGCAUCUUUUUGGUUUGGGGAACUUGUAUUAA